AUGGAGCUGGAAUGGCUUAACCCGAAGUUACUAAACAAUACGCCAUUUGCCCGUCGAGAUUUUCUCUUCUUCAAUCGUGUGCCCAAGGUAGGCAGUGAGCAGUUGAUUGAGUUGAUGCGCCAGCUAAGUGAGAUUAACGACUUCAGCAUAAGUCGGGCGCCAUUUUCCCACCCCAUUCAUUAUCACAUGGGUGAGGUAGCACAAGGAGAAUUACUGAAUGUCCUAGAUGACUUGGGCGAGGCCCAUGCCUAUAGCAUGCAUGUCAAUUAUAUAAACUUUCGUCAGCAUGGUAUGACUCAACCAAUUUACAUCAAUAUGGUACGUGAUCCUGUGGAAAGAGUCAUUAGCUGGUUCUAUUAUCGACGAACACCUUGGAGUGUGGUGCAAAAUUAUCGAGUGACGAAGAAGUUCCUCAGCACCCAGUUUUAUAAGAAAGACUUUCAUGAUUGCGUUCUCAGCAAGGAUACCGAAUGUGUGUAUGAGCAGGGUGCUAGUUUUACCCAAACUGAAGCUUUGCAUAUAAGGCAAACAUUAUUCUUUUGUGGUCAUGAUCCCGUAUGCGAACCCUUCAACUCAUAUGGGGCCUUGCAAAGGGCCAAAGAAAAUGUUGAACAUGAUUAUGCUGUAGUGGGUUCUUGGGAAGACGUAAAUGUAACCCUAAAAGUUUUGGAAAAUUAUAUACCCAAAUAUUUUCGGGGUGUUACCCAACUAUAUUAUGAUGGCUUGGCCAAGGAGAAACGCAACAAUAAUACGUGGAAACCUAAAAUACGUGAAGAAGUAAAGGAAAUUGUACGCAAGAACUUCACUCGAGAAUAUGAAUUCUAUCAUUUUUGCAAACAAAGAUUGUAUAGACAAUAUUUAGCUUUGAAUAAUUUAGAAUGA